AUGGCACAGGCACCAUCUUCUUCUGUAGCUGUCCAGUGUUCGACGAGAAAUGAAUUGGUGCUAGACUCACUCGCGAGCAACAUCACGGAAUUCGUGUACGACCUGGAGCAAGGAUGUUCGUUUGAUACCUGGUUCUCUCGAUAUGCGGAUUUAUUUGAAAAAUAUGCUGCUAAAUUAGACGACAGUGCCAAAGUCCGGCUAUUGCUGCGGAAAUUAAAUCCUGCUGCGCACGACAGGUACACUUCUUUCAUUCUGCCAAAACUCUCAAAGGAUUUCGAUUUUGCUGAGACAAUCAAGAAGCUGAAAACCAUCUUCGGCACACCAGUGUCAACGUUCAAUCGUCGUUAUCAGUGCUUACAAACCACGAAGGACGACCAUGAAGAUUUCAUCAGCUAUUCCUGCAAGGUAAAUCGAUCCUGUGUGGAUUUCAAAUUGCAGGAACUCAAGGAAGAUCAGUUCAAGUGCCUGAUAUUCGUGUGCGGGCUGAAGUCGGUGAAAGAUGCAGAUAUACGAAUGCGGUUGCUGGCUAAAAUCAACGAGACGCAGGACAUUACACUUGAAAAAGUCGUGGAGGAAUGCAAAAAUCUGAUCAACCUCAAGCAAGAUACGGUUCUGAUCGGUAACAAGUCAUCCUCUAUAUCACCGUCAACAAACGCAGUGAGAAUCGACCCCAAGCAAAAAUUCAAGGGUAGGUUCACCGAGAGACAGGACAACACUCCCAAAACACCGUGUUGGUCCUGUGGUGGUAUGCACUUUUCGAAAGAGUGUCAGUUCAAAGAACACAAAUGUCGUGAUUGCGGUAAAAUGGGUCAUCGCGAAGGCCAUUGUGCCUGUUUCACAGCAAAGAAUCGGCAAAAACCAGCAAAGUUCAGUAAUAAGAUGCAGCAACGCUCGAGCAAGAGUGUGUUCGUCGGAAGUGUAAAGCAAGGUCGGCGUUAUACAAAGGUUAACAUCAACGGAAUCCCAAUCAAUUUUCAAUUGGAUUCGGGAUCAGACAUAACCAUUAUCUCUCGUGAAAACUGGGAAAAAGUGGGAUGUCCACCUACAGAUCCGUCAGACUGUAUAGCUAGAACUGCUUCUGGAGGUAAAUUGCACAUUUCGGAUAUGUUUGAGGCGGCUGUUAGCAUCGGUGGUGUUCUUAAAACGUGCAAAACCUAUAUGUGUGGCUCUAACCUCAACCUGAACGUGUUAGGUUCUCAUGCAAUGGAUCGAUUCGGAUUAUGGGAUGUGCCAUUAUCAUCGAUUUGCAAUUUGGUACACAGCAGUGACGGAGACACCGACAUUGCUGAAUUAAAAUCUCAGUUUCCGGAUGUUUUCAGUAGCGCCAUGGGCUUGCGUAAGAAAACGCAGGUGCAUCUCACUCUCAAACCAAAUGCACAGCCUGUGUUUAAACCAAAGCGUCCAGUGGCGUAUAGUGUGAGAUCGUUAGUGGAAGACGAGCUGGGUAGACUGGAAAGCUUAGGAAUAAUAACACCAGUCACGUAUGCCGAUUGGGCAACUCCAAUAGUGGUGGUACGAAGACCAAAUCGUUCAGUUCGGAUCUGUGCAGACUUUUCUACAGGUUUAAACAAUGCACUGAUGCCGAAUAGUCAUCCUCUACCUCUCCCCGAGGAUAUCUUUGCACGCAUGGCAAAUUGCACUAUCUUCGGAUAUAUCGAUCUGUCCGAUGCAUAUCUGCAAGUGGAGGUGGACGACGAGAGUCGCAAGUUACUUGUCAUCAACACCCACAAAGGGCUUUUCCGUUUCAAUCGUCUCUCCCCGGGCAUUCGAACAGCGCCAGGCGAGUUUCAACAAAUCAUGGAUGCCAUGCUCAGUGGAAUCGAAUACGUCUGUCCGUACCUCGACGAUAUCCUGGUAGGCGGUCAAACGAGAGAUGAGCUGAAACACAACUUAAAACAAAUUUUGGCACGCCUGCAAGAGUACGGAUUCACCGUCAGAAUUGAAAAAUGCAGUUUUUUCAUGAAUCAGGUGAAGUAUCUGGGUCAACUGAUAGACCGUGAAGGUAUUCGUCCGGACCCGGAGAAAAUCGCCGCUAUCAUUAGCAUGCCGGCACCACAUGAUGUGCCUACACUCAGAUCCUAUCUGGGAGCCGUAAACUAUUACGGCAAGUACAUAAGGGAAAUGAAGAAUCUUCGUCAACCUUUGGACGAAUUGCUUAAAAAGGGGUCCACAUUCAAAUGGUCUAGUGAAUGCCAACGUUCAUUUGACCGCUUCAAAGAGGUUCUACAGUCUCCUUUGCUGUUGACGCAUUAUAAUCCACGACUGGAUAUAGUCGUUUCAGCAGAUGCGUCCAAUGUGGGCAUUGGUGCCCGCAUAGCACAUUGUUUUCCGGACGGUUCGGAAAAGGCUAUCUACCAUGCGUCCAGAAGUCUUACUCCGGCUACCGAUCACUUCGGACACGCUGAUAUUUUAUCUCGCUUGAUUAAUUCGCACAUUAAACCUGAUGAAGAUUAUGUUAUCGCGUCAUUAGAGCUCGAAUCGAUCAUUUGUGGCAUCGUUAGUGAGUCUGUCGGUUUCUUGCCUGUCACGUAUAAAAUGAUAGCAGAAGAGACCGCGAGAGAUGAUAUUCUGCAGAAAGUGAAGGAGUACAUCCAAAAUGGCUGGCCACAAUGCAAACAAAGGAUCGCAGAUAGUCCCGAAAUACAGCAGUUUUUUGCUCGACGAGAAGCGCUCAGUGUAGCACAACAGUGUUUAAUGUACGCGGAACGAAUCGUAGUACCAAAGAAACUCCAGAAACGCAUUCUUCAACAACUCCAUAAGGGACAUCCAGGAAUCGAUCGUACCCGUUCGUUAGCACGCAAUUUCGUUUAUUGGCCAAACAUCGACGAUCACAUCAGUGAUAUGGUACGAGCCUGCAAGGAGUGCGCUAUGGUAGCUAAAUCGGAUACCAAAACGUCGCUCCAGUCAUGGCCAAUUCCAGAAAAACCGUGGCAGAGGGUGCACAUUGACUAUGCAGGCCCUGUUAAUGAUAUGUAUUUCUUGGUGCUGGUGGAUGCACUAUCCAAAUGGUCAGAGGUCUGUCAUCUGUUAUUGAAUACAUGGGGUAUUAAUCCACAAAAGGUACCGAACGAACUUCGCCUGGAAGACGUACCAAUGAACGACGUACAACGAGAGCUGCUACAGGAAGUGUUUGUGCAAGGCGCUGAACCGGGCCAAUCUGGAAAUAAAGAGACUUCCGAACUACGACGUUCCUCCAGGAAUCGGAAGCAGCCGGUGCGUUAUGAACCGUACCGUAUACCCUAA